AUGGCAGACUCAUCAUCUCCUCCGCCCGCUGCCCAGGCGGCCUCUCCCGUCACGCCCAUCAACCUGAUCCUCCUCGCCCUCUUCGUCUUCCUGGUGUACCUCCGCCUCAAGCCCGCAAAGCCGCAAGUCCUCCCGCGUGCCCCGCCGCCCACCGUCUUCCGCACAUUUACCCCGCCGGAGCUCUUCCCCUACAAUGGCCUGAAUGGCAUGCCGGUAUACCUCGCUGUGCGCGGACGGAUCUUUGAUGUCACGUCCGGGAGAAACUUUUACGGUCCGAGUGGUCCGUAUGCCAACUUCGCUGGACGCGACGCCAGCCGAGGUCUUGCGUGCGGCAGCUUCGAUGAGGACAUGCUGACCAAGGAUUUGGACGGCCCGCUGGACGAUCUGAAGGAUCUGAACGCAGAGCAGAUGGAGGCUCUGCAGGGCUGGGAAGAGCGCUUCUUGGAGAAAUACCUCGUUGUUGGCAAGCUUGUGCCCGUUGGGAGCGACGAGGCGAAGGCUGCCGCGGCGCAGCAGUAA